UCCUCACCACCAGGCAGACCCUGUGUCGGGAGCAGAAAUCUUUCCUGUGUCGCUUGUGCCAGGGCGAGGAGCUGCAGUCGGACCGGGAUGAGACUGGUGCAUACCUAAUAGACCGGGACCCCACGUACUUUGGACCCAUCCUGAAUUUCCUCCGUCAUGGGAAGCUGGUCCUGGAUAAAGAUAUGGCUGAAGAGGGGGUCCUAGAAGAAGCUGAGUUCUAUAACAUUGGUCCUUUAAUCCGAAUAAUCAAGGAUCGACUGGAGGAGAAGGACUACACAGUAACUCAGGUGCCUCCUAAGCAUGUCUACCGCGUGCUACAGUGCCAGGAAGAGGAGCUCACUCAGAUGGUUUCCACGAUGUCCGAUGGAUGGUGCUUUGAGCAGCUUGUAAACAUUGGCUCAUCGUAUAACUACGGGAGUGAAGAUCAGACAGAGUUCCUCUGCGUGGUCUCCAAAGAGCUGUACAACUCCUCCAACGGGCUGAGCUCCGAGCCCAGCCACAAAGCCAAGGUACGUUACCUGUCUGCACACUCAGCUCCUGCCAGCCUGAGCUCUGCAUGAGUGACUCAGUUACCUCUCUGUGGCUGUUACAAGCCAGAAGUCUGGGGAUGUGAUCUCAACACUCCACUCCAGCCUUGCAAUUUCUGGCUUACAUCUUCAUUUUUGUACUGCAGUGUGUGGCAGCCCCUCGCCCCCUGGUG